AUGUUCGAUUUGACGGGCAAACACGUCUGCUAUGUGGCCGAUUGUGGAGGUAUUACCUUAGAGGCUUGCAAAGUGCUGAUGAGCAAAAAUAUUGCAAAACUUGCCAUUCUUCAUAGCGUGGAGAAUCCGCAGGCUAUUGCUCAACUGCAAUCUAUUAAGCACAGCACGCAAAUCUUUUUCUGGACCUAUGAUGUAACAAUGGCAAGGGAGGAUAUGAAGCAAUACUUUGACGAAGUCAUGGUGCAAAUGGACUACAUCGACGUGCUCAUCAAUGGGGCAACCCUGUGCGAUGAGCAGGACAUUGAUGCAACAGUUAAUACAAAUCUAACCGGAAUGAUGAACACUUGCGCCACGGUGCUGCCAUAUAUGGACAAAAAGCAGCUGGGCAAGGGCGGAAUAAUUGUAAAUGUGACUUCAGUCGUCGGGCUGGACCCAUCCCCAGUAUUCUGUGCGUACAGCGCAUCAAAAUUUGGUGUUAUAGGAUUCACUAGAAGUUUAGCGGAUCCGCUGUACUACUCCCAAAAUGGGGUCGCUGUCAUGGCGGUUUGCUGUGGACCCACCAAACUCUUCGUGGAUCGUGAGCUCACCGCCUUCCUCAGCUAUGGACAAUCCUUUGCCGACCGCCUACGUAGCGCUCCUUGCCAGUCGACGACUAUCUGUGCUAAGAACAUUGUCAAGGCGAUUGAGUGCGGUAAAAAUGGACAGAUUUGGAUAGCCGACAAGGGAGGACUGGAGCUCGUCAAAUUGCACUGGUAUUGGCACAUGGCCGACCAACUGCUCCAUUAUAUGCAGAGACCCAACGAGGAGAAGGAGGACGAAAACGAUUAG